GCUGAAGUCACGAGGACGGAAGCGGAGUUCACAUUCCUGAGUUCAAGUCGUGAGUCUUUUGUUUACAAUUGGAUUUCUCUUCCAGAUACAGUCUCUUAACGUCAACUGUAACAGAGACACAGGAUGACUGGGGAGGGGAGACGGCCCUUCCUCCUCCUCCUCCUCUUCACGUUUCUGUCUCUGUGUGACUGUCACCAUCACUUUGCUCGGCCCACGAGUUCAAUGGCUGCAUCCAAUGACACUGCAAGGAAAGCCGCACAUGCAGCAGCAGAGGUAGCAGGCUACGCCCAAGUGGCAAAACAGAUCAUUGACCUGGCUGUGUUCGGUGCUGCCCAGAACCGCUCUUACAGAAGGCUGGCCGACUUCACCGACGCCGUGGGGAACCGUGUCAGUGGCUCACACAACCUGGAGAUGGCUAUCAAAUACAUGUACAAUGCUAUGAUGCAGGAUGGAUUGGAUGUCCAUCUUGAGCCUGUUAAAAUCCCACACUGGGUGAGAGGGGACGAGAGUGCAGAGAUGAUCAUGCCAAGGGCCAAAAGUCUGUCUAUACUGGGACUGGGCAGCAGUGUAGGAACACCACCUGAAGGUAUCCAGGCAGAAGUGUUAGUGGUUCGCUCUUUUGAUGAACUGAAGCGCAGAGCUGGCAAGGCAGUUGGCAAGAUUGUAGUCUUCAACCAGCCAUUUGUCAGCUACGGGGAGACGGUGGCUUACCGUGCGUUUGGUGCCUCAGAGGCAGGUAGAGUGGGAGCUGUGGCCUCUCUCAUUCGAUCUGUCACUCCGUUCUCUAUUAACAGUCCCCACACAGGUUGGCAGGACUACCAGGACGGAGUGAAGCGCGUCCCUACAGCCUGUAUCACCGUGGAGGAUGCAGAGCUGAUGUCGCGCAUGGCGCAGAGAGGGCAGAAGAUCGUAGUCAGACUCACGAUGGGUGCCAAGACUCUGCCGGACGCCGACUCUUUCAACACAGUGGCUGAAAUAAGAGGCUGGCAGCACCCGGAGCAGGUCGUCCUACUGAGUGGUCAUUUGGACAGUUGGGACGUGGGCCAGGGUGCUAUGGAUGACGGAGGUGGAGCCAUGAUUUCCUGGGAGGCCUUGUCCCUCAUCAAGGACUUAGGUUUGCGUCCAAGGAGAACCCUACGAGCAGUGCUGUGGACAGCUGAGGAGCAGGGUGGAGUCGGAGCGCAGCAGUACUAUGAUCUCCACAAGGUGAACCUGUCCAACUUCGACCUGGUCAUGGAGUCUGACUUGGGGACAUUCGCACCGGUGGCUCUGCAGUUCACCGGCAGUGACGCAGCACGAGAGGUGAUGGAGGAAGUGGUCAAACUGUUGGCUCCCAUUAAUACAACCAAACUGGAGACGCACGGAGAGGGGACCGACAUAUCACCAUGGAUGCAGGCAGGAGCACCAGGGGCCAGCCUCCAUGUGGCAGACAGUCGAUACUUUUGGUUCCACCACAGUGAGGGUGAUACCAUGAGCGUUCAGGACCCUCAGGACAUGAACCUCUGCUCGGCAUUGUGGGCCGUUGUUGCCUAUGUCGUGGCCGACCUGCAGGACAUGCUGCAUAGGUAGCCAGUCUGCGCAAAGGAGUCAUAGCCUGCGGUGGACAAGCUGAUCACUCUGAACCGCCGGUUGAUUCCAAAACACAUAAGACAACAGAGAUGAUACAAGAAUAGAAAAAUAAUUGAGAUGGAUUUUUUCAGGUUUAGUUUCCAGUAUUCCCUUAACUAAAGGAACAAACUCAUUUUUAAAGCUGUGUGUUUGUUAAAUUGUUCACCAGAUUAUCGUGGUAAAUUAUUUAGGUGUUACAAUUCUUGCCUACGUUGUGCUUAACUGAGUCUUAGCACAUUUUUUGUCAUGUUUAUGUAAUAUUCUGUAAAACUUUAUUCCAUAAACUUUAUCAACAAUCAA